AAAAGCAACCCAGCCACCCACCCACUUGAUCGACCUGCAUGGCAGCAUCCAGGUGGAGCACUUCAGACUAAAAACGGGUGGAAUCUGAAAUGACAGUGGGUGGGGGCUCAGGUUGAAAUGUCUCUACCUGCCCAACUGUGCCAGACAUAGAUCCAGAGGGGGCUCGACACCACUCCGCUCUGACGGUGCUAACGCAGCUGACUUAACAGGUUGAACAUCUGAGAAAAUAUUAGCAUCAUGUCAAAAGAUGUUGACAGAAGCCAGGUGUUUAAAACCACCAGGGUGCGGACUGCACUGAAGAACGAUGGCAGCUGGAUCCACAAAUCUACACAGGAAAAAGAGAAGCAAGACAAAGCACGGAUGGACCACGCUGUGGAGACCAAACCUGCUCAAGUCAGGCAGAAGUCAUACGUCCUGUCCACGGCCAAGAUAUUUGAAUCAGUAGAUUCUCCAGUGAGUCCUCCUCUGAAAACGACACAGCUUGCUUCAUCUGAAGGUGAUUCAGCUAAUCAGACAAAUGGUGAAGUUACUCCUCCCCAAAAAGGUCCAGAGCCUGAGGGGUCAACGGUGGAGACUGCAGACAAUACAAAGCCCUGGGCACCCACAGAAAACCCCAUCCAAAAUGGUGAGGCACAACCAGAAAAAACUGUCGCCAGCACAGCUGCAGAAAACAAGGGAGAACAUGCCAAUACAACAGCUGAACAGUCACACAUAGAACACAGUGAAGCCAAGGUCUUUGCAGGUGAUCACGUGGAAGAUCCUGUAGCAGAAACCUCUGCCGUGGCUGGUACAGGGGAGAGCAAAGACCUUGCUGAAGUUUCUGCUGUUGUUGCAGUUAAACCGAAGCCUGAAGAGGAACCUCCAAUUGAAACACAGCCAGCAAAUGCACUCAUUUGGAGGAUGCAUUUGGAGGAUGCUGGGGUAGACUCAACUGGACAACCUGCAGAUGAAAUUUAUGAAGCCGUACCUGUGGUUGUGGUGGAGUCAGUACAAAUGCCUGAUUCGAAUGAUGUGAUUCAUUCAACGCCAGGAGAAGAGGCCUCUCUCCAAAACAGUGUGGAAUUAGUCCCUGACUUAUUGGUAGAGGCAGAAUCCAAAUCACAAUGUGAUACUGAAACUUCUAAAGAGGGGAGUUGUGAGAGAUGCCCUCCAGAGCAAAGUGCAGAAGAAACUAUUGAAGCUGUAGGUGAGGUUGUGGUGGAGUCAUCACCUGAGGCCCCUGUUGUAAAUAAUGCAACACCAGGAGAAGAGGCUGCUCUACAAGGCCCUGUGGAAACAAUUGUACAUGCUGUAUCUGAACUGCCUGCUCAAUCUGCUGCCAAAACUAUGGUCGAGUCUGAAGAGCCUGGACUUCAGUCUGCAGCUCCAGCAGAACCGAUUUUGAAGACCAGAGCUGAAGAGGUAGUUGAGUGUGAAGUCCAGCCUGUUAACAAUGCUGCUGUCGAGCAAAGUGCUGAGCCAGCACAUGAGAACGCAGCAGAUCGUGGGAUGGAGCUGAACAUCGAGGAUGCUCUUGAACCUGUGCCCGCUUCAGAAGCUGGAGCGGUUCAGGAAAAGUUAUCAGGCAGAGCCAUUGAACUGACUGAUGCAUUAGAUGUGGAGCCACCCACAACUGAAGCUGCUCCUGAGUCUGUGGAAGAUCCAAAGCAAUCCCACUCAGAGGAGUCAAAACUGAACCAGUCUGAUGACACCAACACCACUGAAAUCUUUCAAAAGCCCAAGGAGGAAGUACGAAGUACAUACACUCUGAAAGUGACCAGAGAGGUAGAGAGCAGGGCUGUUUGUUCAUUCUGUGACCAAGUAAUUGAUGGAAACGUCAAAAUCACACUCAGCGAACCUCCAGUGACCUGCCACCCCGACUGUCUGAAGUGUGGUGUGUGUGCCCUGGUCCUGGGAGAUAUGCUCAACCCCAUAUUCCUGCAUGACCAAGUGAUCCACUGUGGGUGCUGCUUUGAAAUAGCUCACAAGAUCUGAAGCCUAACUGGGACAAACAUGUUGUCAGGAGAUAUAAUGCAUACAGUGAUUAAUGUGUUGUACAGGCUGAGAAUCUCACCGCUGUUGCUUUGACUCUGUAUUCUGUCUUUUGAACCAAUUUCUCUACUGAAGGUUUUUUUUGAAGGACAUAAUGUAUGUAAGAAAUGUAUUACUCGAACUGCCAAAGACACUUAAAUGAAGUACUUCACAAUAAGCAUGAAUGAUUUUAUUGCAACAUACUGCAUAUGGUUAAAAUAAAACCACACUUUAAUGCCUCAGAUUUAUAUGAAUGAAUGAUUUAAAUUUCAAAUGAGCACAACAACACUAA